CUCAGAGACACGUACGCUCACCUGGGUGUGUACACUCCUUCACAUGAACAGAUGCAGGUACGUCAAGCAGCUGUCGGCUCGACCUGACAGUCGCUGAAUCCUGGACCUGAAGAGGAGAGAGUGGAGCUAUGGAGGAACUCAGAGGAAGCAUGUCUGUGUCCGAGGACAGUCCAAAACAACCAAAGUCCAGAUCAGGCCCUGAGUUCCUCGGUCUGUCCCGCUGUGCCGGCUGCUACAACCAGAAGGCCAGCUCCAUGCCUCGGCGGGGGGGCGACGGGGAGUCCAGCUCUUCAGCCGAGGACUCUGGUCCGGAGGUGGACUGUGAGUCAGAAUCAGAGUCUUCCUCCAGCAGCAGCUGCUCUGGGCCUGUCGUAGCAGAAACACCUGAAACAGAGAGGAGCUCGCCGGAGUGUGGAGGAGAGGACGGUGCCGGACGGGAGGAGACGGGAGAGACGACGUCGCAGAGGCAGCAAGAUGAUAACAAGAAAAGGCGGAUGAUUCAAAGUGCUCCACUUGUCCAGUCUUUCUCCCUGCCUUCCUCCCUUCCUCCUAACCUCACCCCUCUCUCCUUCUUGCCCCGCCCUCCCGGGGUCGUAUCCACCCUUCACCUGGAGGUGUUGCCCGAGAAUCACAGCGAUAACACCUUCGUCACCAUCCGCCGACACCUGUCUGAGAGAGAGGACGAGAACACAGGGGGAGGAGGAGCAGGAGGAGGAGGAGGAAGAGGAGCAGGAGGAGGAGGAGGAAGAGGAGCAGGAGGAGGAGGAGGAGGAGGAGGAGGAGGAGCAGGAGGAGCAGGAGGAGGAAGAGGAGCAGGAGGAGGAGGAGGAGGAGGGCUACAGAGCUUCAACAACCCUCUGCUUCCACAACCAUCUCAGUGUCAGCAGAUGGGGUUGCCUUGGCAACAGAGGUCACAACCAACAUCACAGCAACACCAGUAUCAGCAGAUGAUAUAUCAAUACCAACAACAACAACAACAACAACAACAGUUUCCUCUCUUCUCAGCUCAGGGUCAAAGGUCGCACACACUGCCCAUGUUACAACGCCCGACGCUGCACACACACCUACGGGCACCACAUGCGCCGCAGACACAUCUGCACACACUCACUCCACAGCCGUGUUGGUACUGUUACCAAACGCACCUCCCUUACACAUACUGGAGUGAUUACAGCAGCGGACAGUUUCCCAGAUAAUGAGAGUGAAGUGUUGAACACAGCCAUUAAAUAUGUGAAGCAUCCAGGACGGAGAUGUGACUACGAGUGCAGCCUAACCUCUACCGUAGAAAAGUUUGCGGCACCUCGCUGGAUGAGAAUCUAAACAUGAGGAGGCGUCGGAUCCGUCUCAUAUUCAUUCUGCAGCACGAAACAACAGCCAGAGACAUUAAGAACCAUCAGCACAGAGUCCUGACCUCCACAUCAUGGAGUGAGUGGGAUCACAUGCAGAGACAGAGGACCAAGAUCCCUGGAACUAGCAACCUGCCGAGAACCCGAAACACUGAGUGCAGUUGUGUGCUGAGGAGAACUGGAGCUGGAGUCGCAGCAGAUCCUGCACAGCGCUUUGUAUCGUUAAUCGAUAAAUAAAAACGACUCAUGGCAUCAUAUUUGAAAGCAUCCUCACUUUAUUUUCUCUGCCUUGAACCUUUGCACAACACUGCACACAUGUAUUGUCUUGGGUUUUAACUGAAUGCAUCAAAACAACAACAACAACAAGAGUAAAAUUCUGUCAAUUGUUUUCUGAUGUCACCUUGACCUUUGACCUUUGACCACCAAAGUGUAAUCGGUUCAUCCUUGAGUCCAAGUGAAUGUUUGUGCCGAAUCUGAAGGGAUUCCCUUUGAGGAGUUCUCCAGAUAUUGCGUUCAAAUUUCCAAAAUCAUGUUUAGUGAGGUCACCGUGACCUUGACCUUUGAACUUUGACAAUAUGGCUCCUGCUCUGACUGUCGCCGGCGCGGAGGAAUGAAAAUGAAAAUAACAAUAAAAACUCACACAUUUAUAACUCGUGUCUAAUCAAUAUUUUAAAUUAAAAAGGUGACAAACACUCUUAUAACAACAAACUAUUCUCAACCUGAAACCAACCGGAAAACAAUCCAGUAGCUGUCAACACAACAUCUCAACUCCAGAGACGUCCCCCUCACGGUGGCGCCCUGGGGAAAGUCAGCGGGACUCCUCCUCUGGGGACCAUGAAUAUCUGAACCACUACUUCCAACAGCUGAUGAGAUAUUUCAGUGUAGAUGAGAGUUAUCAUGUCAACACAUCACUGCAGGGCUGCUAGAACAUACACAAACAUAUCCAACAGGAAAAGAAGCAACAUGGCCGCCCUGUCUUCCUCGGCGU